AUGCGGUUGCGCAGUACUGAUGGGCUUCGAGGUGGAAAAGCCUAUAGCUUGCCUGAAAUGCCGUUCUGCAACCGUCUUCAUAUACCUGAAGUGUGUGAGCAGGCCGUAGACGAUGCCAAAGUCAGUGCGCUAUCGAAUCUCGUCUUAUUUGGGACAUACCAACAUAAGCACGGCCGUAACAGACCAAGAUCGAGGCACGACUAUGAGAUAAAAACUAUGCAAUUUGCAAGCAAGGUAAAAGUCUACAGGUCUAUAGGGAGAGUGACGCGAGAGAACAGCGCUGCCUUGGCGAGUCCUUUGUUUAGCGGGAAUCUUGCCGUGCGCAGUCGAGAGCUGGGCGAGCUGCGGCGUUGCACGAAUGGCAAACUGUUCAAGGAUGCUGAAGGUGAUGCUCGUGCUGGUCGUGGGCGGCGCGGCGUGGGCGGGUCCGCAGCGCUCCACGGUCGAGGUGUUCAAGAGCGUGUCCCACCCACAGAGCCACGUCGACGCCCACGCGCAGGCCAAGGAGGCCUUCCGCAACUCGGAGACCUUCUCGGCGCUGGACCAGCCGGCGCGCAGUUCUUCCAGAUGCUGGGGAACCUCGCCUCCUCCAUCACCAAGGCCGUUUCCGAUUCCAUGGAGCGAGCAAGACAGACGACGACUUCCCGAGCCUCCUUCUCCUCCUCCUCCCUCCCCGCCCCCGCCGCCACCCACGACAGCGGCAGCAGCGGGAGUACCGGAUUUACUGUGGUAAAAAGCUUCAACAAAAAAAUUAUUCCUCACACUUCAGACCACUAGGAUUAGCUGUUAACAAAAAGCUCGGGGUGAGGCUCUCCAGCAGGAAUAAUCCACAGGAGCGUAACCUGCGAACACCGCCCACAAUCAGAGGUUUUGUGAUGACGUCAUCGGUAAAGACGCAUCCCUCGGCGCGAAAUGCAAAACUAAUCAGCGACCGAUUAUGAGCUCUCGUCACCUCGACCAAUCAGCAUCCGACAGUCAAGACCCGUCACAACCAAUCAUUAUCCUGAAUAUCUGUGUCGUUGGUUGCUUUUCAGGGCAAAUGUUCGCCAAUUUUUUUUUUUUUUUUUUUUUUUUUUUAACAAAUUCUAAGGCACAUUGUGAUUUAUUAUUAUUUCUAAUGUCGUAUUAUGUAAUACAGAUUUUAUGUCUUUUUAUACAUGUAUUUCAAAUGUCUUAAAACAGUGUCAAGAGUAGAAUAAGGAAAGAUUGAAGUAUCAUUUUUUUCAAACAUUUAUGACAUCAAAAGAAUGCAAUAAAUCUGAAAUUGA